UCCUAAUCAAAGGGAUCCCUUUUAAAUGAUCAGAGUAGUGCUAGUGUUGUCGAAUGAGGCUUGUUUGUCCGAUUAAAAGUGCCAUUUGAAAAUAACUUUCAAGCAGGUAUUAAACAUACUUUUCAUCAACCCCCCAUUUCUGUGUUAACUUUGGUUGUUUUCCCUUUUGUAAUGAAUUUAAGUGCUUUCUUUAACCGUGAGCUUAAAAUAAGCUGUAUUUAAUCAGAAUGAUAGUAAACAAGAGCUUGAUAACAGUCUGUGUGUAAUUUAUUUACAUCAUGCAUUUCACUUAGUUAAUGAAGUUACUGAGAUUGCUUUUUUUUUUUUGAUAUAUUUUUAUGUAUUGACUACAGCUAUAAUACAACCAAUGCAUAGGCACUAUGUGCGAAAAUGUGGUGACAGGCAAACAAUUAACCACUGAAGAUGCUAAAUUUGGCAUCUGCUUUGUAGCUUCUUAUUGGGUCCAUUUCACAAUUUUAUUGGCUCUGGUUCAAAAUCUAAAAGAUUUUUGACAUUUUAAUUCUGUUAACACACAAAGAGGGAGCAUUAUUUUUCUCACAUGAAAAUUAGAGGAGCAUAAAAACUGCAAUUUAUGGACCGAUUCCCCUUGGGCUGGAAUAUUCUACAUUGACUAGAAUAUUGUGUGUAUAACCAAAAUGUACAACAGUAAUAAAUAAACAGGUGGUAGUUGGCUCUUCCUUAAAACUCAUGUGAGUCAGCACAAAAGUAUUGUAAUCAGGACAUUAUUGCCUUAUCAAAUAAGUCAGAUAUCUUCAAAGUUUAUUUUAUUGCUUUUUUAUUGACUAAAAUGACCAUGAAAUUGGGUCCUAAAUUACAUUUCGAUUGGAUCCUCAUAUUAAUUUUUGGGAAGGUCUGCUCAGAUGACUUCAUUGAAAAUACAAAUGACCCCCCAUCCUACAACAAAUGUUCUCUUGUAAACAAGUAAAAUAGAAAUACUGAAAAUGUAUUUGAAUGUAAAAAAAAAAAAAAAAAAAAAAAAAUACAAAAGGAGUUUCACACAUCUUUGUACUCUUUUUUUCAGAACUUUAUUUUUCAUUCUUAAAGAAAAUAAAGUACAUUCAUUUUUUUCUCUUAAGAAUAUUGGAAGGAGUCGGUAUUUGACAAGCAACAUGACGCUGCAAGGUGAAAAUAGCGUAGAAAAUAAUACUUUCACUCUACCUUGCAUAGAAAUGUCAGCAAUUAAUAGUCAUUACCACAAAGUAACCACAACACAGGCGUUUUGUUCACUGCCAGUGUUAUUUCCAGUUUCAUUCAAUAAAACGGGCUAGAGGAAAUUACGCAGCCUUCAUACAGACCACAUCCAGUUUACAGGAUGUCAACAAAUGAGAAGCAAAAAAAAAAAAAAAAAAAAAAACCCCUUCAUCACUUAGAGUAUAAAACACUUGAGGAUGCCUGAGUUGAGACAGAUCCACUCAGAGAACUUGACUCAACUACAGAAUGACACUCGUGAAGCUCUGUGAGUAUCCUGUAACUUCACUGCGCAUCUUAGCAAGAAAAAUAGAAGAUGAGAGUUUUUAAACAUUGUUCUGCUUUACUCCUUUCAUUGCCAGACUUCACUCCUGCACUGCUGCUCCUGGCCCUCAGCUGUCCCUUCUGGGAGGUCAGCCACUCAAAGCCGGUUACCAGCAAAGGACGGAUGGACGACUCCUGUGUUUUCUAUGCGCGGGCGCUUCUAGAAAACAUCACAGAUGCUCUUACGCAGGCGAGGUUGUUCAGUGGGAUCAACUGCACAAGGCAGAACAUGGAGCUGAACUUGGAGAGCAGAACGCCGACUGUGUGUUCGCCUCAGGGCUCAACAUGUUCUGGGAUAACUACAUCAGCUUUUGAUCAGGACUCAUGUCUUACGGACAUCGGAAAGGACCUGAGCCACUACUACAAGUUUCUCUCCGCUCAGCCGGAUCCGGACAACUUAAUUGGUUCUUCCGUUCUCUACAGCCUCAGAGAGCUCAUGGAGAACUGCUUUAGGUCGUCUCUGCCAGCAGAUUUCAUCUCAAAAGAGGCUCUGGUGGAGCGUUCGGUUACCUUCAACGAAAGACUGAGCCUUUGCAAAGUCAUGAAAGGCUUCCACGUCCGCACCGUCACAAUAAACCGAGCCAUCGGCUACAUGAACCUCGGUGAACACGCUAGCUAAAUCCUCGCCGACCUCCAAGAAACAGCCAACGAGGAACCAGUCUCAAACAAAAAUAGUGCACCAUGUACAUUUAAAACGAGUCGAGCUCUAAGAGAAACACUCAGUUCUAUGUUUCAUGAUGGAACAUAUUUAUUAUCUUUGUAAGACUGUGAUGCUUUUAUUUAACAUCCAGAUUACAUGUGAACAUGUACUUUUAUAAAGUAUACAUAUUUAUGGAACGUGAUAUUUAUGGAACGUGAUAUUUACACGACGUUUGUUUAUUCUGGACUAUUUAUUUUUAACUAUUUAUGGCGAUGUGUUCUACUUGGUGCUAAA